AUGAAGAUAGAUAAAUUGCGAUCAGUCAGAGAGGGACAGCGAAGAUGUAUCGAAAUAAAGCUUGAACGGAUUGAACGAGCGAAAGAUAACUCAUCAAUGAUAGAAUUUAACGCAAUUCUUGAAGCCAUAAUCAGUGGAGCAGAGACAAUUAAUUCCUUAAACGAAAAGAUUAUAGAACUGACGGAAGUAACGGAUAUCGAGGAGGAAAUAAUAAGCAGUGAAGAAUAUGGAUUGACGCUGGAAAUAAAGGUGAGAGAACUUCAAGCCUAUAGCAAAGCAACUAACCCGCAAAUCCAGAUGGAGGACAGAAGUGGUUCUUCAAUCGAAAAUAAUAACGUGAAUAAUGGUAACAGUUCUUUGCAAAAUGUGAGUACAUUUCAUUCAAAUACGUCGCUUUAUCAGAGACUGCCGAAAUUAUCGCUACCUGUAUUUAGUGGUGACAUUCUCGAAUGGCAAAGUUUUUGGGAUGCUUUUGAUUCCUCUGUUCAUCAAAACCCGAAUCUUACAGAAGUACAAAAAUUUAAUUAUUUGAAGACGCAACUAGAAGGCAGUGCGGCUCAAGUUAUUCAAGGAUUUGCACUUACGCAUGCAAAUUACAUUCAAGCAGUCGAUUUACUGAAGGAGAGGUUCGGACAGAGUCAUAAAAUCAUUCAUGCGUAUAUACAGGCGUUACUAAACCUGCCAGCCCCGAGCAAUACUCUACACAGUAUGAGAAACUAUUACGACAAAUUAGAAGCUUAUAUUCGCGGAUUGGAAUCGCUAGGUCAGUGUCAAAAUACGUACGGAACUCUUUUAGUACCAGUCAUUAUAGACAAACUUCCGGCAGAAAUUCGCAAGAGUUUAGCACGAGAAAAUGGCAGCGAUAAGUGGUCAUUAGAAACUUUACGAAAAGCGUUAUAUCGUGAACUGAAUAUCAUGGAGGCCGGACAGACUACAGAUGAUUUAGCUGGUUAUAGAACUACAGCGUCGUUUUUCACGGGCGCUAGACGGAAACCGGAAGCCGGAAGUCACGUGAUACACAGACGGAUGCACAAAACGCUUAUUGAUCAGAGAAAGUGUAUUUACUGCAAUGAAAAUCACCAUGCUAACGAUUGCACAAAGUUAAUUGAUGUGAGGGUUAAAAAGGACAUAAUAAGAAAGAAGCAUUUAUGUUUUAAUUGUUUGAAAAAUCACCAAGUAAUUAACUGCCGAUCACACUUCAGAUGCUUGAAAUGUAAAAGAAAACACCAUACUAGUAUAUGUGAAAAUUGUCCAGAUUCAAGGCCGAAAAUAAAUACUUGCCCGACAAACCUACCUUCAACCGGAAGUGAUACCUCCACUCAAAUACAGGCAACAGUUUUACACUCAAGAUCCGAAACCCGACCAGACGUUUUAUUAAAAACAGCUGUCGCUCAAGUAUGUUCUGAGACACAGUUCGCGCAGGCAAACAUUCUUUUUGAUAAAAAGGCACAGCGAUCCUUUAUUUCUGAAAAACUAGCCAAAAGAUUAAAUGUUCAGCCACGUGGAAGCAGUGCCAUUAGUUUGGCAGCAUUUGGAGAUUCAUCGCAGAAACUACGACAUUUAGACACUACGACCAUAUAUCUACUGACCGAUGCAGGUGACAAUUUACCCCUGGAAGUUAUGAUCGUCCCAACAAUCGCCGUCCCACUACGUCACAUUCCCCAGUCCGUGACGUCGUUACCCCACCUAAGAAAAUUAAAAUUAGCACAUCCAGUCAUAAAUGAAGAAAGUUUUGAAAUAUCGUUAUUGAUCGGAGCUGACCAGUACUGGAAUAUCGUAGGAAACGAAACGGUUCGAGGAGAUGGUCCUACAGCAGUUAGUUCUAGUAUUGGAUACUUACUGUCUGGUCCGGUUCAAGCGCAUGGACCAAGGAAUCAGAGUUAUUUAGUUAUGAAUGUAAUGAGUACAGAUAUUGACAGAUUUUGGAAACUUGAGUCCCUAGGAAUAAACCCCGCAGAAGACGAUUAUACUGACACAUUAGAGAUAUACAAACAAAACUGUGUAAAGUUUACAGACGGUAAAUAUGAAGCCAAACUCCCAUGGAAAGAGGAUCACGACACUCUCCCGACAAAUUACGACGUGACAAAAAGAAGAACAGAAUCUUUGAUUAAACGCCUCCGCCGAGACCCAAGUAUCUUACAGAAAUACGCAGAGAUAAUACAAGAACAAGAACAACGAGGUUUCAUAGAAAAAGUUGACGAGAACGAGGAAAUAUCGACCCAAGUGCAUUAUAUACCCCAUCAUGCAGUCAAGAAAGAUUCAACUACGACUCCAAUUCGUAUUGUGUAUGACUGCAGUUGCCGUGAAUCAGCUAAUAAACCUAGUUUGAACGACUGCCUUGAUUCUACCCCACCCAUAAUGAAUGACUUAUCACACAUAAUGGUUCGGUUUAGACUUGAGAAAUAUGCAAUCUCAACUGACAUAGAAAAGGCUUUUCUCAAUGUACGAUUACAUAAAGAUGACAGAGACGUAACCAGAUUCCUUUGGUUGAGCAACCCGGAUAAUGCUGACAGCCCGCUAACAACAUAUAGAUUUAAAUCAGUCCUAUUUGGUGCCACAUGCUCACCGUUUAUACUCAGCGCUACAUUACUCAAACAUCUAGACAUGAACGCUACCAGCUGGGUCAGUAAAAUCUUGAAGCGAGACCUAUACGUAGACAACAUAUUAUCAAGUUUUCGCACAGAAGAGGAAGUCUUAAGGAGAGAUUAUCAUACCCAGAUAGAGACAUUCCUAUUAUCUUGGAUAAGUGACCUACAAAGAGUAUUUUCAGUACACAUGCGAGGAUAUAUGGACUCACUGUGGGCUUACUUAGUCCGAUAG